AUGAGUUUGGAGGCCGGAGAAGCCUCGACUGCCAGUGGUUCCAAUGCCACCACCGACCGCGUGGUCAAGAAGAGAGCUUCGCAAGCCUGUCACCACUGUCGCACCCGCAAAGUGAAAUGCGACCUGGUGAAGUCUGGGGUGCCCUGCCACAACUGCUCCUCAGAUGGCAUUGAAUGCAUCAUCCUCGAAUCCAGACGGAGCAGGAAGUACCGUCUUCAGAAGCGCCAGUCGACUCGCCCCGUUGCGCUCCCGGCCAUUUCCCAGGCGUUGCCAAAGACCGCCCCUGAACCUUCAACGACAAGCUUGCAACUCCCCGGUGGUUCCAACAAUGCAAGUCCAGCACUCAAAGUAGCCUCCCCAGAUCAACCGAAUCAUGGUAAGACUUCCCAAGUGGUUGCACUAUCAGUCAAUGCUUUAGUGACCGAAGAAUCGUCUGCAGCGCCUCCUCCCGCGCCAACCCACUUUCCGACUCCUCCUGUCGUGCCUCGAAACAACAGCGCGGGCGCGCCGAACUCGGCGGGUGCCGUCUCUGAUAUCUCCCUCGGGGGAGUGGUCAAGGAUUUGCCACCCUACAUUCGCCCUUCUCGUCCAGACAUUCGACAGGAUGACUUGGAGUUCCUGCAUCGCCGGGGGGCUUUGAGCUUACCUUUUGGCGAGCUCCAGGAUCAGCUGAUCCGAUCUUUUGUGCUAUACGUCCUGCCGUUCAUGCCAGUCGUGGACAUGGAAGAUAUUCUCGGUGCCCUGGACGGCAAAGAUGGCUCUCCGAAAAUCAGUCUGGUCGUAUUCCAAGCCAUCCUGUUCUCCGGCACCGCGUUUGUGGAGUUGCCGCUUCUCCAAGAGGCAGGCUACGAAAGUCGGAGGGCCGCGAGAGCCGAUUUCUACCAAAAGGUCAAGCUGCUCUACGAUUUCGACUGGGACGUAGAUCGAAUUGCGCUCAUCCAAGCAUUGCUCCUGCUGAACUACUGGUAUGUUUCAGAAAACGACCCGAAAGAUCCCUGGCAUUGGCUUGGUGUCUGCAUCUCUCUGGCCACCAGCAUCGGGCUGAAUCAGCCCUUCACACAUACGCAGACGGAUCCAAAAACCAGAGCUCUGUGGAGACGGAUAUGGUGGACUUGCGUCCACCGCGACAGAAUAAUCUCGAUCAGCAUGCGAAGACCAAUGCGGAUCAGGGACGAGGAUAUUCGACUUCCACCUCUUCAAAUGCUCGACUUCGAAUCCGAGCCCAUACAUUCGGCUAUCGUAUCCCUCAAAGACAAUGCUUUCCUCACCCACAGAAAUGUGAGAUCUAUGUUGGCUGAGAUGUAUAUCGCCAAGGUCAAACUGCUGCUCUUCAUCGGACGGAUACUCCAGUGCUUCUACCAUCUACGCGGCUUUGGUGGCUCCACCUCCGAGUCCACAAUGCUUUAUACUCCCCAACGAUCCGAAGUCAACGGGGAGCAGUAUCUCGAACUGCAACGUGAUCUCGAUCAGUGGUACAGAGAUCUUCCACCCAGUUGUUGGCUGGUGACGAGCAACAGCAGUGUUGAUCCCGAUCCUUCAACGGCAGAUUCUCUCCUGGUGCACCGAUCAGUACUGAGAAUGCUCUACCUUAUGGCAUCUGAAGCUCUCAACCGCCCCCAGUCACUGUCCAGACGACCAAGUGGCUCGGGAAACAGCCCGACAUCAAAGGUCAAGGAAGCAGCAGAGAAAAUCGCGGAGAUGAUAGAGACUCUCCAAGAGCGAGACCUGGUCAAGGUGCUCCCGCCACUGUCGGUGAGUUUCCUGCUGCUCGCCCUGGCUUCCUUCCUGGUGGAUAUCAAAACGAAGGGCCAAAGCGUCGGAGCACUUCCAGGACGGCAAUUUCAUAUCUGUAUCCGGGCACUGCUGCGACUGCGAGAAAUUUGGCCAAUUGCCGAUGCCGCGUGCUUUCUGAUCGGACAGAUGAUCACCAAGCAUCAAGUCGGCAAGAUUUCGAUGCCUGGUGUACAACCGGCACUUAUGGACGCAAAGGAGGCUCCGUCAAACCUUUGGCGCCCCCCCGAAAUACCCGGGAGCAAUCCACCUGCCGUUCCUCAGUUUGAACAAAUCCCCGCGACGGAAAUACCAUUGAGUUCUGCCGGUAUCGGCGAGCCACAAGCAUUUGGCUCACCUCAAACAGAGGCGGCACCUACACCGACACAGGGGUUUGUCAUCCCGUACAAUUGGUCAGAAGAGGACUUUGAGGGCGACUACGGGGUCAUGGUUGAGGCACACGCAUUGAAUAUGGAUCUUGCCAUGCCCGACGCCGAGGUGUUGGGUUUCUUUGGCGACGGUAUGUUUGACUUUGAGCCAUCACCACACCAGGAUCAAGCUGGACAAGACGGCUUGUCGUAUGCUUCGCAGCGCCCCUCAGCCACCGGCAAGACUUGGAUUCCAGCAGUUGCCAAUCGGUACAUGGAUCCUUUUCGGACGCCGAAGUCAAUUUAG